AAAAAUCUAAGCUAUUUAAAAUGAAAAUUAACCUUACAUUAUUUUGAUGUUUACGUUUAGUAUUUCCUCUGUUUUGUUUUUUUAUGACUGUAUGUAUCAUUACAAUACAGAAUAUAACUGAUUGUUGGUUUGUUAGGCACAAAAUAAAGAUCAUAAUUCCCAUACUCGUCUUCAAAUAUAAUUAUGAAAACUAAGUAUGUACACGAUUUUAAAGUUUUGGAACUGAGGAUAAAGGAGGAUUCUGUGAACCCUCACACAAUAUAUUUUAAGGAACAUUCUGUAAGAGAUCACACUAAAGAUCAACCUUCAGGACGUACCCUAUUUAUCUUGAAUGUUCCACCAUAUGCAGAUGAGAAAGGCAUAGCCAAUGCAUUUAGUAAUGCUGGUAUUAUUGAAUCAGUACAAUUUUCUACAAAGCCCAAUGCUGCAGUAGCUGUUCUUAACCAAUUUAUUAAAGAAAUUUUGAAUCCAUCAUUUAAAAUGUGUUAUUUGGUUUUUAAGAAGGUAUCUGACUUAGAUAAAGCUUUGACGCUAUCAGAGCUAAAUCCCAUGAAUUCAAAUGGACAUCACAUUUCUGUAGGCUUAAAGAAGUGGACUAAAGAAUACAAUGACUCAGUUUUGAUGCCAAAAGAUUUAAAAAGUUAUAUUGAUACUUACAUGAAGAAUUAUGAUGAAAAUGUUGCCAAAGCAUUGGAUAAAGACAAGAACCUAGAACAGGAGGAUGAUGAAGGUUGGAUAACAGUUACAAAAAAAGGUAAAGUUAACAGUUUUGCAAGAACAGAAAAAGUUGAAAACAAAAUAUUGGCUAAGGAAGAAAAGAAAAGGGGUAGAAAAGAGCUUAAAAACUUUUACACUUUUCAAAUAAGAGAAUCCAAAAUGAAGCACAUUGUUGCAUUGCGGCAAAAGUUUGAAGAGGAUAAAUGUAAGAUAGCUCAAAUUAAACAAAGUAGGAGGUUCAAACCAUUUUGAUAAUAAAAUUACUAACAUAAUA